GACUAUACCCUGGCGGCCGUGUUUUCUGCAGUGGGCAUCGCGCUUUGCACACUACCAUACCUGGGGUUUGGGCUCGGCGCACUCAUUACUGUGUUGGGCAUCCUCUUUUUCGUCCAGGCAGGCAGAGUCCGAUUUGUCUUUGACAACGAGGCAUUCGAGCUGCGCACCCUCGGUAAUACAGAAGAGCUAGAGAAGCCAGGAGAAAACAUCGUCGUGGGUGGCCAGAAUCGUUGGAAAUAUUCAAGUUUCGUCAACUGGGAGUUCUUUCCGAAGGGAUUGGUGGAGAAGGGCUUGCCCCCCAUCCUGGUCUACUUCAAGGAGACUCAGACGCCAGAUACGGAAUGGAGCACAGGACCUGGAGCAGCUGCAAACUCAGCAGAGGCUCUCGAGAAGGGGGCUGUGCCGGGUAUGGUGCACUUCUUUCCUUGCAUCUGUGAUGCUCAGCAAAUCAAAGCCGAGUUCGAGCGCAGAGGUUGCAAGAAGCUGUAG